UUUAUUUUGAGGUUAUGGUUAGCGGCUGAUUUUCAUAACACAGUUACUAUACAACUAGACUUUAUUAGGAAGUAACUAAAAAUGUUAAAAUUGCGCCAUGUAAAUAAUUUUAGGAGAAUAUUUGGUGUUAAUCAAGAUCAUGCGCUGACAUCAACAUUGGCGGUUUGCCAAGAGAAUACUAAUACUGCGGCCAAAAAAUGGUAUAACCGUUUGCCACAACAAAGCCGUCAAAUACAUAUAGCGCAAAUAUUGCAAAAGUACAAUAAAAAAUCAAGGUAUGGUGACGAAAGUGAUAGCGACGAUGAGAGUGUUGCAGAAUUUAAAGAUGAACGCGAUUCUAAAGUGUUGAAGGCUAGUGUAAAUUCUUUGCGGGCUGAUUUGUUAUUGAAAACAGGCUUAGGACUGGCUAGAAACAAAGUGGAGACUCUUUUCUAUGAAAGUAAAGUACGUGUUAAUGGCAAAAAACUCAGCAAGAAAAGUGUAAAACUCGAAGUCGGCGAUGAAAUUGACGUAGUUCGAGGUUUCAGCCAAGCGAAUCCCGCCCAUCUGAUAGUCUCUCGUGUUAUUGUUCUUGAUGUCAGUGAGCGAGAAGAAAGCUUAAGCGUACAGAUACGGCGUUAUAAAUCGCUACUCAUAGAAAAUUAUCCUGGACCUAAUGCUUACAAAUCUUCUGAAGCAGUGCAACAUUAACACAAUUGUGAUUGAAAGCUGUUUAUUCAUGUUCUACAUUUAGGCCAAAUUAUAGUUUAAUAUAGUUCCUAUUUAAAAUAAUAUGUAUAGUAGAAUGCAUAACGUAAUUUCCGCUUUAUCAUUCUAAUGCAUAAAGUUAUCUGCACGUACCCUAAAAUAUGCAGUUUCCAGCUGCUUCACCCAGUAAA